AUGAUUCUUGAAAGUUCAUUUGAAGGAAAGGAAAUUGUUCCUCUCUGGGUAGAUGGGCGCCCUCUAUCCCAUGAUAUCAAUCGCUUGAUCGAGGUUUAUUCCUCCAUAUCUGGUGAACUGAUAAGCCUUGCACACAGCGCAAAUGUCACUGAGGCAAUCCAAGCCGCGGAGUCAUCUUGGAAGUCUUUCCAGGAAUGGAGAAAUGCCACCGCAUUCACCAGGCGUGAUCUUUUGCAGCGUGUUGCAGAUAUCUACGAAAAGCGUAUUGAUGAGUUGACGCGGUAUCAAAUGGAAGAAACAUCAUGCUCAGAAGUGUUCGCACGCUUCAAUGUUAGAUAUGCUCAACAAGCCCUGAGGGAGACUGCUUCAAGGAUAUCGUCCAUCUCUGGUUCAGUCCCUCAGAUGGAAAGCAAGGAUGCGUGGGCACUCGUCCUCCGAGAACCUAUUGGGCCAGUCCUGGCCAUACCUCCUUGGAAUUCGAGUAUCAUUCUCGCUACCCGAUCGGUAAUGACCCCUAUCGCUGCGGGCUGCUCUGUUGUGUUCAAAGCCUCUGAGCUGUGCCCAAGAGCACACUUUGCGAUCACAGAGGCAUUCUAUGAAGCUGGACUACCUGCCGGAGUAUUGAACCAGAUUCAAGCCAACCGCAACGACGCGGCUGCUGUGACUGAGGCUCUAAUUUCUUCUUGGGCCAUCCGCAAGAUCGAGUUCAUUGGAAGCUCGACAGUGGGAAGGUUUAUCGGAAAAUCAGCGGCUGAACAUCUGAAGCCAGUUCUGAUGGAAUUGGGCGGAAAAAGCCCUGCGAUCAUUCUUGAAGAUGCUAGUAUUAGUAGAGCUGCUGCAAUGUGUGCUGAAGGAGCCUUCCUACAUCACGGUCAGAUAUGUUUCUCUACUGAAAGAGUGAUUGUACUACGUACUAUCGCAGAGCAAUUCAAGGAAGCACUGGCGGCUUAUGUUCAAGAACAUCAUCAAAAGGCCGGCCAUGCCAUCACAGUCACAGGUGCAAAGCACGCAUGCGAGCUGCUUGUCGAUGCGCAUGCAAAUGGUGCAAAAUUUCUAGUAGGUGGACCAGAGAUGGUCGGUCCAGCUUCUGUGCGACCUACUAUUGUAACAAAUGUUACCAAGGAGUGUCGGAUAUGGGACGAGGAGACAUUUGGACCGAGCGCCACUCUGUACAUCGUUGAUACAGAAGAUGAAGCCGUUGAGCUAGCAAACUGCUCUUCUUUCGGCUUGACGGCAGCCAUUCAUACCAAUAACCUACCGCGUGCAUUGAAGUUGGCCAAGAGAUUGGAGUAUGGACAGGUCCACAUCAACAGCAUCACAGAGUUCGAAGAAGUGACUGCACCAGUAGGCGGAGUGAAAGGCAGUGGAUGGGGUCGAAAUAAUGCUCAUUGGGGACUCGAUGAAUUCCUUGUCGAUAAAAUGGUUUCCAUCCACGGGGAGAAUAGUGAAGCUACAUUCGGAUGA